AAUAUAAACCAAUUUAAGCGUGGUGCGUGUAUUUUUUUUCUUUGACGAACCGGAGCAGUACUGUUCUUCGAAAACGCAAUUCUGUGUCGCAGAGAGAGAUUGCAAUGGAGCCAGCACGGACAGAAAUCGCUAAGGAAGCGGAAGAACCCACCGGCGUUACUACUACUACUACAGACUCACUGUUUCCAGUCGUCCUCCCACCCGCUUCCGACGCCGACAUCAACAACAGCUCCCAUCCUCCUGCUCAUUGGCUGAGCAACCGUAGCUUCGCCGCUGACCUCUCCGCCAUCAGUGUCGCCGCUUCUUCUCCACACUACCCCCUCCGCCUUUUAGAUUCAGAUUCAGAUUCAGAAUCAGAAUCAGAAUCAGAAGAUAAAGAAAAAGAAACAGAAAUCAAUGAUACUACUAGGCCUCCUCCAACAUACCAAUUACUGGAGUCCUCUUCUUCUGAUUUAGAUUCCAAUGAAAAUAGGGACACCGACAAACAGACGAAGAAGAAGAAGAAGAGAAAGAGGAAGAUAUCUUCUUCUUCGGGUGAUGCGGCCAGGUCCAAAACCUCACGCGAUUACGAUGCCACCUCCAGGAAGCCAAACGUUUCAUCUUGGGUUCCUUCUUCCUCUUCUUCUGGCGCAAAACCCACCUCCAAAGACUAUUACUUCGAAUCCCGCGGCGAUCGCGACAAUCUGGCCUUUGGAUGCCUUUACAGAAUGGAUGUUGCUCGCUACAAACUUCAAAAUUCUUUAAAGUCAUACAAGCUCAAUUCCGAAGCUUUAUAUCGGUGGAAUCGGAGGAGUUUGGUCUUUGAUGGAGAUGCUGAUAUUGAUGCAUUGGACACUAAACUUAAAUCCAGUGGUCGCUACUGGUCUGCAAAGUACUCUGCAGUUGAACGCCAUAAGAACUUGAAGCGAAUUCGAGUUAUCGUGCCUAAAAAGUCCUCAAUAACUGUUCCUUCUGAUUUCAUUCCUUUAUUGGACGAUCAAACUUCUGGCAAGGGAGUUGAUGGUGGCUCACUUUCAAGAACUUCAGUUGUUGAAGAGUCUUGGGAAGAUGAGGUGUUAAACAAAACAAGGGAGUUCAACAAGAUGUCAAGGGAGCAUCCCCAAGAUGAGAAAGUUUGGAUAGCUUUUGCAGAGUUCCAAGACAAGGUUGCAAGCAUGCAACCACAGAAAGGAGCUCGUUUACAGACUCUUGAAAAGAAGAUUAGUAUACUAGAGAAAGCGACUGAGCUGAAUCCGUACAAUGAAGAACUGCUGCUUUGUCUUUUGAAUGCUUACCAAAGAAGAGACAGCGCUGAUGUCUUUAUUGGUAGAUGGGAGAAGAUUCUCAUGCAGCAUUCUGGGAGUUACAAGCUAUGGAAAGAGUUCUUGCACGUUGCUCAAGGGGAGUUCUCUAUGUUCAAAGUUUCUGAAAUGAGAAAAUUUUAUGCAAAUGCGCAUCAAGCUUUGUCUGCUGCAUGCAGCAGGCAGUAUAGGCAGGUUCACCAAACUGCUAAUGCACCUUCUUUGGAUCCUGCUAUUGUCCAACAAGAACUUGGUCUGGUUGAUAUAUUUCUUAGCCUUUGCAGAUUUGAGUGGCAGGCUGGCUACCAAGAGUUGGCUACUGCUUUGUUUCAGGCUGAGCUAGAAUAUAGUUUGUUCUGUCCUUCUUUACUUCUCACUGGGCAAAGCAAACAUAGACUGUUUGAGCACUUCUGGAACAGUAAUGGUGCAAGAAUUGGGGAAGAUGGGGCUCUUGGCUGGACAACAUGGCUGGGUAAAGAAGAGGAAGAAAGGCAAAAGGUUAUCAGCGAGGAGUCCUCGAAUGAAAAUGAAGAUGGUGGUUGGACGGGUUGGUCACAACCAUUAUCUAAAAGUAAAGAUGUAAGUGCUAAUCCAGAAAAUAUUGUGGAUGAUGAUGUGGCACUGGAGGAGUUUGAUGAGGAACUUGAGACAAGAACUGUUGAGCAGCAAGAUGAUACUGAGGCUUUGCUGAAAAUGUUGGGCAUUGAUGCUGAUACUGAUCCUAAUAGUGAGGUCAAAGACACUGCAACGUGGACUAGAUGGUCAGAAGAAGAAUUAUCAAGAGAUUCUGAUCAGUGGAUGCCUGCUCGUGCAAAAUGUGGUCUUUCUCUUUCACUUGUUUCUAGCUUUAAAGUUUAUUUUGUUUCUUUUUCACAAUUGCAGCACUCAUCUGUGUUUGAUGCUUCAAAGUUUCCUUUGAUUGUAAUCUCAUUAAAAAUGUGCGAAAGGCUAUGUUCUCCAUCUCCUCCAAGAACAGACCCCACUCUGAAUUCUGCACAGGUCCAUAAACCCCAGUUCUUCACUCUCCGGAGCAAUUUCAUCAGUGGGAGUUCCCCAAUUCCUGCUACCACCACCAUCACGUUUGAAUUCAUUCCCACGUCCGGUGCCACUACGGCGCUUAAAUACUCUCCGAGUACGUUCACCUUCUACUUCUUCUCUAUUGUUGAAACCACCACGACGACCAUCACGGAAACCACCACGAGCCUCACGAGGCGGUCCAUUGUAUCCACGUCUUUCAAAGGGCUUCCCUGCAUCUCCAUCUUCUGCGGGCUUGUACCCUCCAAAGAAACCAUUGUUACUGCUGAAGGUACUUUCAUUAUUGGCCAGAUCUCGAUUAAACCCACCUUCGUCUUCCCGAACUGGUACAGGUACUGCAAGAACGUGUUCCAGUCGCGUCGCUUUUGUGACUCGUACCGACUCGGCGGGGGAGGCUGCGCCGCCGCCGUUGACGCACCUUCCUCCGAUCGUCCUCCUCCUACGGUUGCAGACGAUGAACCUUCGCUCCCCUCGGGUCGGAUGGAUCUUCGGUCAAACACAUCUCUUUUGUAUUUCUGGUAUGCUGAAAUGGAAAUGGAUAAUAGUUCCGGAAGUGUUUCAGAGUCGUUAUUGCGUGCAAUACACAUUCUCUGUUGUUUUGGGAGUGGGGUAAAGUACACUGCAUUUAAAUGUCAACCAUCAAAUCUGCAACAGCUGAGAGCUCGCCAAGGGUUUAAGGAACGGAUUAGAAUUCAAAGAUCAACAUGGGCACGUGGCGUAAUAGAUGAUCAUUCUAUUGCUCUCAUUUGUUCAGCCGCUUUAUUUGAGGAGUUGACUGCUGGAUGUGUUGCUGGUAUUGACGUUCUAAAGCAGGCUUUCUCCAUGGUGCUUCCUGAAAGAAGAAGCCAAAGCUAUCAACUUGAAUUUUUGUUCAACUAUUACGUGAGGAUGCUUCGGCGACAUCAUGUAGAAUUGAGACUAUCAGAAGUAUGGGAGUCUGUUGUACAAGGCUUGCAAAUAUACCCUUACAGUCCGGAACUUUAUGAUGCUUUAGUUGAAAUCAGCCACCUUCAUACUGCGUCAAAUAAACUGCGGUGGAUGUUUGAUACCUACUGUCAAAAGAAUCCAUCUGUGAUUGUCUGGCUCUUUGCAUUAUCAUAUGAGAUGAGUAGAGGAGGUUCACAGCAUAGAAUACGUGGACUGUUUGAAAGGGCAUUGGGAAAUGAGAAGUUGUGUAACUCAGUACUGCUUUGGCGUUGCUACAUUGCGUAUGAGAUUAAUGUGGAAUGCAACCCUUCUGCAGCUAGAAGAAUUUUCUUCCGAGCUAUCCAUGCAUGCCCAUGGUCGAAAAAGCUAUGGCUUGAUGGUUUUCUCAAAUUACACGGUGUCCUUAGUGCAAAGGAGCUAUCAGAUCUUCAAGAAGUAAUGCAGGGUAAGGAACUAAAUCUGAGGACAGAUGUAUAUGAGAUCCUACUCCAAGAUGAGAUCCAAAUUUAGUGGCCAGUACUGUCAUGUGGGAGAUUUGAGAAUGACCAGAGCUCUAAGCAGCAGCUUUUCUACAUAACCAACCACUCCUCCCUCUGCAUGAUCUCCAGCAGCAGCAUGGAGAGCAAGAGUUUAGUAGGGAGACAUCCUCAACAGAAAAACUAAGGUGUCGGUUCAUAAUGUAGUCAGUCUUUUGUUUUCUAUUUAUGUAAAAUAGAAAACAAAUUUUUAUUUUCUUUUGUAAGAAAAAAUGUACACGAAUCUUUUGAAAACAAAUGAAAAUAAAACAAAAAUUAA